AUGGAAAAUAAAACAUUUGUUCCCACUUUGGCAACGAAAGCAGUUGAAGAAAAACUCCAAAAUCAAAAUUUUGUCAUUGUCGUAGGCAAUUCCGGGUCAGGAAAGACUGCCACGAUUCAACAUAUUGCUUUAAAGUAUCAGAGACAGGGCUGGGAUAUCGUUCCCAUUGAUGAAGUCAGAGAAAUUAAAGAAAUGUGUUCAAGGUUCUUUACUCGGAGACUUUUUAUUAUGAAUGACCCCAUUGGAAAAGAGAAAUUGGAUGAAAUAUCUAAACAUUCAUGGGAAUCUUUUGAAAACACCAUAGAAAUUUGUUUGGAAAAAUCAAAAAUGUUGAUAUCUUGUAGACGGUGUGUGAUAAAAGAAAAUGCUUUGCAAGGGCUAUUCAGAGAACAAUCCAAUAUCGUAGAGAUUGACAGUGGGAGCAAUGUUUUAACAGAUGAAGAGAAGAUGCUAAUAAUCAAACAGUAUGUGAAAGAGGGAGAUCUUUCUAAAAAUGAUAUUGAUGAAAUAAUUAAGACGGAUGCAUAUUUUCCUUUGCUCUGUAAACUCCUUGCUGUUAAUCAGCAUUACAUGGGAGAUGUACUUAGUCUUUUUAAAUGUCCUACUGAAUUAGUUAAGAAAGAAAUUGAAACAUACAAAGAAAGAAGCACGGAAAAAUAUUGUGCACUCAUUCUUCUCUCAAUGUUCAAUAGCAUUGAUGUUAAGCAAAUAAAAAAAUCAGACGAAUUCCGGAAAAGAUUCUAUGAAAUAAUCGAAGCUUGUAAUUUGCCUUCUUCUUUACAAAUUACAAGUAUUAAAAAAAAUCUUACGUUGCUGGAAGGUUCCUUUGUAAAGUGCAUUGGUAGCUCAUUUUCCUUCAUUCACGACUUUGUCAUGGAAAUUACUACAUCGAUAUUUGGAACAGAUUUCCCAGAAGAGACAAUAAAAUAUGCAAGUAGUGAUUUCAUUCGAAAAAGAAUGAAAAUUCAAGAUAAAACUGAAACACCUGAUCCACUUACUAUUUAUCUGGAUCCUAUGUAUUUAGGAGAUCUUAUAGAAAGAUUCUUCAAUGAUAUCAAAUCUGAUGGAAUUUUUGAUGUUGUUCUUAAUCCGUGUUUAAGAAGUGGAACUGUAAUAGAAAAAUUCAUUGAGAAGAUGAAAAGUCUAGACAAUCUAUCAAUGUUCUACACUGAAAAAACCAUAUCAAUUGAAAAAUACAUUUACAGCGAGGAGGCAAUGCGUGAAAGUCGUUUGUCUAGGAUCCGCUUUAUUUCGUUAGAAGAAAAAAUAACACCAAUCGGCCUUCUCAUUACAUAUUGUCAUGAUGAAAUAUCUUCUUUUUGUUUGAAUAACACUGAGAGUAAAAUUUUAAAAGAUCAUUUUUUACUCCCUUUCGUGUGUGCUAAUGGUAGUUUAGAACUUUUCAACUUAAUAGAAAAAAAAGUUGUAAAAUUGCGGAUUGAUAAAAUAUGGGGAAAAAACUAUUACCCCAUACACAUAGCAUCCGCUUUUCACAAUGUAAAAAUUGUUGAGAGACUGCUUCAGUUAGGAGCUGAUCCAAACACACUCACAGCAAACCAAUCUAAUCCUUUGAUUAUGGCAGCCACUGAUGACGCGCACUGUUUUGAAAUUAAUCGGCAAGUGGGCAUGGGGCGUAAUCAGACUAUUGAAUGUUUAAUAAAGUAUGGAACAAAAGUCAAUUUAUGUAAGAAAGAUGGAUAUUUACCUUUGCACUUCUGUAUGUUUGAUAGAGUACCUCAAAACACUAUUGAACUUUUAAUCUCCAAUGGAGCUGACAUCAAUGCAUGUUCUAAAUCUGGAGAAAGUCUUCUACACUCAGCUUGUAAAUCUGGAUAUGACAUAAUGGUACAAUUUCUACUGAACAAAGGCAUUAACAUAAAUACACGUGAUACAAAGGGUAACAGUCCACUCUGGUAUGCUUGUAGUAAUGGACAUGAAGGCACAGUUAAAUUGUUGUUGACUAAUGGAGCCAAUGUUAAUCUAUCAAACGAUAAAGGUUUCACUGUUUUUAAUGCAGUUUGUGAGUGUAAACACACUAAUAUAGUUAAGUGUUUACUGGACAGUGGAGCAGAUAUCAAUGCAUGUAAUUCCAAUGGAGAAAGUCCACUCUGGAGAGCCUGUUUCUUUGGUAAUGACAGUACUGUGAAAUUAUUGGUGCAAAAUGAUGCGAAUAUAAAUUUAUGUCGCAAUAAUGGAACGAGUCCUUUGUUUAUUUCUUGCGAAAAGGGAUUUGAAAAUAAAGUAAAGAUCUUACUAAACAACAAAGCAGACGCCGAUUUAUGUGACAACCAAUGUCUGAGUCCGAUUGGAAGAGCUUCCCAUGAUGGAAGAAACAAUAUCAUAAAACUUCUUCUCGACAAAGGAGCCGAUGUGAAUUUAUGUGAUAAAGAGGGAAGAAGUCCUCUUUACCUCGCUUGUGGUGAAGGACAUGACAACACGGUUAAGCUUCUAUUAAAAAAUGGUGCAGACGUCAAUUUAUGUCAAUUUGGAAAGUUUAGUCCACUAUAUGUAGCAUGUUGGAAUGAAAAUAACAGCAUGGUUAAAAUUUUACUGGAGAACGGUGUAGAUAUAUAUGCAUAUGAUAAAUAUGGAUGCAGUCCUAUCGUCAGAGCAUGUAAAGAAGGACAUGAAGCCGUAGUAAAAAUGCUAAUAGAACACGGUGCUGAUAUUAAUUUGCGAGACGAAAAUGGAAAAACAGUUAUAGACAUUGCUCGUGAUUUAAAUCGUGAAGAUAUUGUUGAUCUUAUGCACGAGACAUCAGUGAAAGAAUAA